AUGGGCGACCACAGGGCUAUUACGGCAGCCAAGGCUGGAGACUUGGCUACCUUGGAGCAGCUGCACAUAGGUGGUGCUCUGGGCCAGAAUAUUACUGACUAUUUGGGAGCAGGCCUGGUCCAUCAUGCAUCACGAGCAGGCAGGCUAGAGUGCCUCAAGUUCUUGGUACUGCAAGCAAAGCUGCCUGGGAAUCAGAGAGCAAGCAAUGGCGCAACUCCGGCACAUGACGCAGCAGCUGUGGGAAACUUAGUUGAAUUGCAGUGGCUGAUCAAAGAUGGAGGGUGCAGCAUGCAGGAGGAAGAUGCUUCUGGGGCUUCUCCCCUCCACUUGGCCGCUCGCUUUGGGCAUUCAGAAGUUGUUAAGUGGCUGGUCCAGGCAGGCUACAACACUGCCUCGGAGACUCAGGAAGGAGCAGUGCCAGCCCACUACGCAGCUGCCAAAGGAGAUCUCACCUGCCUGAAACUGCUGGUGGCUGCAGACUGCAGCUCUGUAAACAAGCAGACUCGGAGUGGAGCUACUCUGCUGUACCUUGCUUGCCAGGAGGGCCACCUGCACAUCGUCCAGUUCCUGGUGAAGGACUGUGCAGCUAACGUGCACCUGAGAGCACACGAUGGCAUGACUGUAUUGCAUGCAGCUGCUGGUGGUGGCCACUAUGCUGUUGUCAUCUGGCUGGUGACUUUCACGAAUAUCAACCUUGGAGCCCAGGAUGAGGAAGGAGCCACUGCACUCCAUUUUGCUGCCAGAGAGGGCCACACACCCAUUGUGGACAGACUGCUCCUUAUGGGAGCUGAGGUGGUGCUAGACCUCUGGGGAGGAACCCCUCUUCACGAUGCAGCAGAGAAUGGGCAGCUGAAGUGCUGUCAAAUGCUUAUCUCCCACCAAGUAGAUCCAGGCAUACGUGAUGUGGAUGGUUACACUGCACGAGACCUGGCAGAAUACAAUGGACACCAGCAAUGUGCACGCUAUCUGCAAGAGGUGGAGAAGAUGACUGACCAGCAAUGUGAUUCCAAUAACCAACAAACCAAGAUCGAGGCAGGCAAGACACAGGACACAAACUAUAAACCAGAAUUUAGACAAGACUUUUCACAGAGUGAUGACACCACAACUAUGGAGAAUGGCCAGGUAAGAACCCAACAGCCAAUGAGAUCAUUACAGACUCAUGUAAGACAUACAUCAGGGAUGCAGAAAAAAGAAAUUAGCAACAUUUUCCAAAAAGCAACAGCUCCAAAGAUCUCUACCACACUGAAAGCUCAUGAAUCCAACAAAUCGGUAGCUGAACUAAAGAUCAGUAAAUCUCUUCAAAAGGGUGAAAAGAGAGAGCAAUCAGAAGCCACCAUACCAGGCACUCUCCAUGUAAUGCUGGAUGAGCUGGGAGCCUCAGACAUUGAUGCCCUUGUGCCAACCCAUGAUGAGCGAGGAUGUUCCAUCCCAGAGUGGAAGCGGCAGGUGAUGGUGAGGAAAUUGCAGGCCCAGCUGACAGCUGAAGAAGGAAUGAGCAGGAAGAACAAGGAAGGCUGUGCUAUGGACCAAGAUGAUUGGCAGUAUUCCCAGGCACACAAUGCCAUCCUGGGCCCCUUUGGGGAGCUCCUGACUGAGGAUGACCUACAGUAUUUAGAGAAGCAGAUUGAGAAGCUGCGGAUGAGGAAGAAAUGCCAGGAGUAUGAGAGUGAGCUAGAACGCCUGACAGAGGAAUUGCAGACAGUUCUCCCAACCCCCAUUGUCAAUAUCACAGUCAACAGUCAGUUUCUGCAGCAAGGAUCUGAAGAGAACAGCCAGGAGCUCCCUGCCUGGUGCAGCCACAUGUCUGGAGUGGUGAAAAGCAUGUCUCUGUUGCUCAACAACAUCAGUGGAAUGAAAAAAGAAGAGACUGAGAGACUAGCUCCAACGGUUCUUCCUACGUCAAGGAAGACUGAGAUUAUUUCUGGAGGGUCUGCCAAGAGAGAGAUCCUGGAGUGUGGUGUCUCUGUAAAAAAUCUGAGGGGCAGUUUUGAAAAAAGAGCGCUCUUGGGACAGCACAAACCCUUUGAACUCCAAGGAUUGAAAGUCAUGCCCUGGGAACACGGGACCGGUAAGGAGAAAAGUCAACAAAUGUUAUCGUACGUUUGUGACGGCAAGAAGAAAUUUCUUUGCGAGGACCAUGAGUUUGGAGACAUGGAGAAUGCCAGUGAUUCCGGCAUUGGCUGUGAGGAAGCCACCUCUGAGGUGACUGGGUCUCCUGUCUCCAUAGCAGAGUCUAGCAUGCUCCGAAAGGAACGUAUUGUGCUGCUUUUUUUAAGUCACUGGAAGAAAUCUGCCUACACCCCUUCCCUGAAGCUCAUGGCUAGGAAUACUGUAAAAGCCUCAAACCCUGCAAAGGUGGGGCUGGUAGACAUUAUGGCAGAAGCUAAGAAGCAGCAAGCUCCUACGCAGAAGCCUUUGGUGGAAAUGAGCAAGCUUGGCCAUUUAGUUCGACAGAGGUAUGCUAUCAAAAAUCUAAUUGACUGCUGGAAGGACAUAAUCUCUCUUGUACCAUCUCGGCAGAUCAGGCACAUCAAGCACCAGCACACAGUGUAUUCCCCAGAACAGUUUCUCCCAUACGUGAAUGGUAAGCCUGCUGAUUACAAUAGCUUAACCCUUGACCUGUUUAUGUUGGGCUAUUUCCACAUCCUAGAGCUGGACCUCUCCCCAGAAGAACGGAAAAGAAGGCAUCUCCUUUGCUUUGAAGUCUUUGACCACUUGGGUAGGCAUCCAUGGGAAACAGUGCGUGCCUUUCACAAAGCAGUGAUUGACGAAAUAGCUGCAGGCAAAAGAGGCUGGAAAGACAGCUUUGAGGACAUUAAGACAAGGUUUUUUGGUAACCCAAUCAAUAACAUGGAACUCAAAACAUCAUCUGUUGAAACCAACCUAAAAUCAGCAUCCAGCAAUAGUGUCCAGAGUGUGGUUAUUGAGCGAGGAGAUAGCGUCCCACGGAAAUGCUUUGAGCUAGGAAGCUUCAGUAAUGAUGAAAUCUGCAAAUACAUUGAAAGGAGCUUUGCCUUCUGGAAAGAAAAAGAAGCGGAGAUGUUCAGUUUUCAGGGUUCAGGCCAUCCUUUACAUUAGCAUACUUUAUUUAUGAAUCGGCAUCUAUCAUCCAG